AUGAUCCUUGCUCCGCUGGCGGCUUUUCUUUUUGCUUCAGUAGAAGCCGGACAGGCGCCAGUCGUCACACAGCUUGCUGCGGAGGGGGCUCAGGCACAGGCGUCCGAUGCCCACCUCAACACUGUGGCCGGAGCAUUGACGGAUCUGCUGAAGAGCAGCGACAAGAGCUCCGCCAGCUCUCUCUCCAGCAUCGCGCAGGUGUCGAACACCUCGGCCAUCGUGGACACCAUCAAAGACUUGUUGAACACCACCAUGAAAGGACGGCUUUUCACGGCGCACAAGAACAGCCUGGCAGCGAUUGCGGACUCCAAGAAGCUCUUUGCCGACUGCCGCGAGACGUAUCAGGCUGCUGAUCAUGUUCGCUUUCCUCCAGCAUCUCUCCUGCAGACAGUCAACGCGACACCGUGGUACGAGGAGUUCUUCCAGGCCUACUCCCAGUGCAAGCAAUGGGAGGCACAGAUUGGAAAGGACAUGACUGCAUGUGACUACCACUACACCUCGGAGGUGAAGGUCGUCGGGGAGGAUUGCACCUUUCUUGGUGAUCAGUGUGGUCCUCUCGACUGUGCGCCGGUCACCGGCGAAGGCUACAAGUCUUUCCUUGAACGAAUGAUCAAGGACAUCAAGGCACACCUCGACUUCUUGGUGUGGGAGCGCUACAACGAGACCCAUGGAUGCAACGAUAUCUGGGGAACUGCAGAGCGCUGCUUCAAGAACUGCGACGGCCACGUCAUGGAAAUUCAAGAUCUGGUGCCGCACAAGUCCACCGACAUUCCAGGACGCAUGGAGCCACCCAAAAGCAUGAAAGCUGCAUGUGUUUUCGAGCUCAAGUCGCAGCGAGUGGCCUGGCAGACCUACGACCAAUGCUAUGACGCGGCCCUGCCACAGUGGGAAACCACCAAGGAGGAGCAGAUGGCAGAGGCCGACUCUCGCAAGGCACAGAUGCGAUCCAUCCUGAGAAUGCUGUGCUACGUGAGCUCCUUCGGGCCGAACCAAGCCGCGUUGCUGACGCAGUGUAUGGAGAAGGACUUCAAACAGGAUGCAGAUGUGCUGGCUAUGAGCAUUGAUCUAGGGACGCCUGAGACCAAGUUGGACGCCUUCAGCUGCAACUCGAGUGAAACUCCUGGAACUGCAGAGUUUGAUGCGGUCCACUAUGGCGACCUCCCGGCUGGGCUUGCAACGUGCCCACAGCUGCACUGCGAGGAAGCUUGCAAUGGCGAGAUCAACAUCUCGUCCGUGCAAAUUCUCAGUGCUACCACGGCAUCUCUCCCCGAGAUGACUACGGCAUCGACCAAGUGCUUCAAGAAAGCAGGCGGUGCUGAUGCCGUGUAUUGGGACCUCGGCUCGAAGCAGGCGGUUGGUCCGGUGUUCGCCGAUCCUUCUGAUGAUGUCUCUAGCAUCAAGGUGUAUCUCACCAAUUCGGCACAUGGCACUGGGGCCCUACCGACUGCAGAGCUCUGUGGUACGAUCACCGAGGAGUCCAAGACGGUGGAUUGUGGAGCCAGAUCUGGUGCCCGAUACCUUGUGAUGCAACCGUUCAUCACUGGAACCUGCGUGUUCGGUGGCUGCACUCCAAGCUGGUGUCUCAUGACAGUGGAUGGCAGCAACAUGACACAGGAGCCGAUGUCCACGACUGGUUCCUCCUUCAUGGGCCAGGUCGUGGUCAAUGCCACGGCCUAG